CUUGACAAUCUCAGACAGUUUGGCGCAGAGACUGGCAGCAGCACAGCUGCCAUCAUGAUGGCUUCAUGUCACUGCACAACACUAGCUGCACUUGAAAUAAAACUCGACGUGUCAAGAAGAGUGAUGAUAUCGAUUGUGACGUUCUUCUCUUUGAUCCAUAUCGACGUGCAAAUGACUCAUUCCACAACACUGCUUUUCUGUCGCGUGGAUGAUUAUCGAUUGUGGAAUCGUUUCAAAUACUUGAAAUGACCAGUUCAUUCGUCAAACUAUUCAGUUAGUAUUUAGGCUGUUUGCGCGGCUUUUGCUGAGGAGAAAUAGAGGCUGCUCUUAGAGAAAAGGUUGGCAAGGUAGCCUCUCCGUAGACCAUAACUGCAGUACUAUGGAGGCUGCACUGAGGAAGCCUGGCGUGGUGUAUCUGUACCAAUUCCCUCGCUGCACCAGAUCACCCAGCCCGUCGCCGUACUGUUGGAAGGUAGAAACAUUCCUCCGCAUGGCCAAGAUCGACUACAUAGUUACAGGGUCGUACACAAUGGGCCCGAAGGGGAAAUUACCUUUCAUUGAGCUCGACGGAGAGACCGUGGCCGAUUCGGACUUCAUCAUUGAAUUCCUGAUAAAGCGCUUCAAUCUGACGAUGAAUGAUCACCUUGAUUAGAGGCAGAAAGCUGUCGCACACGCCAUGGAACAGAUGCUGGAAGAAAACACGAUAAUGGCUCUACCUCACCAUCAUGCCAGGGUUAGACACAUGCAGGACAUGCCCUACAUGUUAGAGACAAACCCCGGUUUCUUCUUCUACUGGAUGGUGCGCCUGAAGGUCGGCAAGACGCUCGAGGCCGUGCUCAACGCGCAGGGCCUGGGCCAGCACUCCGUCGCCGAGGUGGCCACCAUUGUCGGCAAGGACCUCGGCUCGCUAUCCGCGCUGCUAGGCUCCAGCCAUUACGUCAUGGGCGACACGAUGACGUCAUACGAUGCCGGCGUGUUCGGCAUGAUGGCGUCUCUCUACUACCUGAUCCCGGACUCUGAGCCGCGGCGCCUGAUGGACGGCAAGUAUUCCAACAUUGGCGACUACGUGAAGCGCCUACGCGCCGAGCUCUAUCCCGAUUGGGACGAGCUGCUUUGCAAAGGAUAGAGAACUCAAGGGCAGAGGGUGUGUCGAGUGAGAAUGAAAUAAAGUGCCUGCGUGCUAGGACGGGAAACGCAUCGCCGCACCGCAUGGAGAGCCGUUACAACUGCUGCUCUCUAGACAAUAUCUAGGUGUCGGCCUGUCUACAUGUAACGUUAGCUGUCUCUAUUUCUGCGUCUUUUUUUGCAAUUGUUUGGCCAGUCACUCAGACAGUCAGAGCUCUGCUGAUGAGACUAAAGACAGUCAAAGCAGUUACCAUGGUUACCUGUCUGGAGAUUGAGCCCAUCUCUUCUGAUCUAGGCAGCAAGUGAGCGUUAGUUAUGGCUGGGCAGCGGAUUUCUUUUCUCUGCUCUUCCAGUCAACGGCAAGCGUUUGACGGCUGAUCCUCUUCCUGAUCAAUCUUCUUCUGAUUAUCACUGCUCUCCUGAGCAUUCAGCCGAGACAGUUGACGCGCUCCUGGGUAGCUGCAGGCGCGGUUUGCACCAUGGCAUUGGGACCUGUUGAUGAAGUCUAUCCACAGCACAUCCAGUGUGUGUGUGUCUGUGCGUUGUUGCGUGUUUUCCGAGGCGCUUUUAAUGAGUGUCAACUGUUUAAUGAUCUGUCUCGUGGCACAAAUAGUUGCACAUAUCCUGCAGGAAGGACGUAAUAGGUGCUAUUGAAUAUUGUGGCUAUUUCCCCCUGUUUCUAAUAACUCCUACUGUAUGUUUUUAGGAAAUUAGAGGCCACAUGCCACAUACUGCUCUUUUCUCUCCGAAACUCAACACUUGCAAGCCAGAUAUCAAAGAAAGAAAAAAUCAUCAGUCACACCACCGGGACUCUAAUUUCCUGAAAUUCUCCGUGAAGUCCAAAUUUGAAUUCCUACUGUAUGUUGUUAUUACAAUUCUGAAGUCUAGUUCUUCAACUGACCGGUCGGCUUUUCCACCCAAAGUGCGUUUAUCUAAAAAUGAUCUUUUCUCUCUUUUUGUUGGAAGAAAGGCAUUCGAGCUGACAAGCUCGUUCCCAUACAAAAUGUAGCUCUGCAAAACACUGAACAUCGUUUUCACAUCACUGAUUUAUCUCUUCUUUUUAUUACUAAAAUUAUGUAUAUGACUGUUGCAUACAUGCACAUGUAGCACUUUAGUUUCAGCUUUAGCGGUCACAAAAUUAUUUUACCGUCGUCGCCACACACUUUAUCAAGUACAUGUAUUGGAGAAGGCACUGACAGUUAUUUUUACUUUUGUACUUAGCUCUAGUCUAGAGUAGUGAUCACAUUGUAGGAAAGAGAAAAUGUUUCACCCGCAAACUCAUACAUUCACUGUAAUAGUGAACUUGAAACGCGUGUUAAAUGUCA